AUGGCAGAGUUAAAGUUUCUUCAUCCUAAAGAGAAAAAACCUCCAGAACAAAUUCAAUGCGUACCACCACCGCAUCAGUUAGUGGACUUGAUAAAAGUUGAUCGAUUCAAAGGCUCUCUGUUGGGCUUAGCUGUUGGUGAUGCACUAGGCGCAAGUGUUGAAUUUCGUCCACGACAAUAUCUCGCCGAGCAUCCAGUAAAGGAUAUGCAAUCAGGCGGUACAUGGAGCCUCAAAGCUGGGCAAUGGACAGACGAUACGUCGAUGGCUUUGUGUCUCGCUUCAUCACUCAUUAGUCGAAAAGGGUUUGAUCCAUACGAUCAAUUGGUGCGCUACAAGUGGUGGUAUAAGCAUGGUUAUCUAUCUUCAACCGGGCGUUGCUUUGAUAUUGGCAAUGCGACGCAUAAAUCAUUGGACGAAUUUUGUCGUCGUCAGAAUGAGUGUCAACAACGUUGGAAAGGGGUUAGUGAAGAACAAAUGGAUAGCUUUUCAUAUGAAGAAAUGCGUGCAUCAAAUUUUGAUGUCAAUUGCGGUGAACAAAAUGCAAAUGGUAAUGGUGCUCUGAUGCGUCUUGCACCUGUACCACUUUUUUUCUAUCGAGAACCUGAGAGAGCCAUUGAAUAUUCAGGACAAAGUGCUCGUCUCACACAUGGUGAUCAACGAGCAAUCGAUGCAUGUCGUUACUACGGAGCUCUCAUCAUUGCGGCAAUAAACGGUGAGAGCAAGGAAAAAUUACUCGAUCCUAACUUUUAUUCAGCACAUCGGCCUUGGUUUGGAAGGAAUGAACUUCACAGCGAAGUACUUGCUGUAGCGAGUGGUUCAUUCAAGCAAAAAGAUGGAUAUGCGAAGGGAAUUCGAGGUAGUGGUCAAGUUAUUAAGUCACUCGAAGCAGCUUUAUGGGCAUUUUGGAGUGAUGAGCAAUCUUUUGCGAAAGGAGUACUCAAAGCAGUGAAUCUGGGCGAUGAUACGGAUACCACAGGCGCUAUCUAUGGGCAACUAGCGGGUGUUUACUAUGGUUCUAAACAAAUUCCCCAAGAAUGGAUCCAACAACUCUAUGCCAAAGACUUAAUUUCCUGCGUCGCUGAAUGGCUACAAGUGCUAGGAGAUCCGCGCUACCCAGCACAAACAUCACAACAAUACAUGUCAGGAAAUCAGCGCUUUUCAACGCAGACAUCACAGCAACAAGUAACAACCAGGAUGCCUCUACCAACUGGAAUACAAUACGAUCAGUACAACGAUACUCGUCAAAAUCCAUCAAGAAUUGUUGCAAAUCCAACUCAUUAUCAAUCUCUUCUAACUUCUCAUUCGACUUUACAGAGCACAUCACAGUAUAAUAUCCCUACUACAAAAUCUGGUCCUGCUACUCAUAAAACGACAAGUAUUACGAAAAGUACCCAACAACAGUCGUCGCCUUGGGAUUGGUAUAGACAAGCACAGUAA